AUGUCUGGUUUCUCCAGCCUUGCUGCUGUGAAGAAAGUGGUUCAGCAGCUCCUUCUGGAGGCUGGGCUCAGCUGUGUGAAGGUUUCCCAGGCAGCUGCAGACCUGAAACAGUUCUGUCUGCAGAAUGCUCAACGUGAUCUCCUGCCAACUGGAGUAUCUUCAAGUAUGAAUCCUUUCAGACCCCAGAAAGUCUGUUCCUUUUUGUAG